AGCCCGGGCCGGGACCUGGGAAAGUGAGAGGCUGGGUGCGGCGGGCUAGGAGGAAGAGCCUGAAAAGAACAAGUACGAGGAAGGAGAGCUGCGGAAAGAACAGGAAACAGCAUGUACACACGCCUCCCCCAGAGUGGCUCCCCGUUCCCAGCCUCGGUGCAGGAUCCCGGCCUGCAUGUAUGGCGGGUGGAGAAACUGAAGCCAGUGCCCGUAGCACGUGAGAACCAGGGCGUCUUCUUCUCGGGGGACUCCUACCUAGUGCUGCACAAUGGUCCGGAGGAGCUCUCCCACCUGCACCUGUGGAUAGGCCAGCAGUCCUCCCGGGAUGAGCAGGGGGCCUGUGCUGUGCUGGCCGUGCAUCUCAACACCCUGCUUGGGGAGCGGCCCGUGCAGCACCGAGAGGUGCAGGGCAAUGAGUCCGACCUCUUCAUGAGCUACUUCCCACGUGGCCUCAAGUACCAGGAAGGAGGAGUGGAGUCAGCAUUUCACAAGACCUCCCCAGGGGCCGCUCCAGCUGCCAUCAAGAAACUGUACCAGGUGAAGGGGAAGAAGAACAUCCGGGCCACUGAGCGGGCACUGAGCUGGGACAGCUUCAACACCGGGGACUGCUUCAUCCUGGACCUGGGCCAGAACAUCUUCGCCUGGUGUGGUGGAAAGUCCAACAUCCUGGAGCGCAACAAGGCCCGGGACCUGGCCCUGGCCAUCCGGGACAGUGAGCGGCAGGGCAAGGCCCAGGUGGAGAUUGUCACAGACGGGGAAGAGCCCGCUGAGAUGAUCCAGGUCCUGGGCCCCAAGCCAGCUCUGAAGGAGGGCAACCCCGAGGAAGACCUCACAGCUGACCGGACAAACGCUCAGGCCGCGGCUCUGUAUAAGGUCUCCGAUGCCACCGGACAGAUGAACCUGACCAAGGUGGCCGACUCCAGUCCCUUUGCCCUCGAGCUGCUGCUGUCGGAUGACUGCUUCGUGCUGGACAACGGGCUCUGUGGCAAGAUCUACAUCUGGAAGGGGCGAAAAGCUAACGAGAAGGAGCGGCAGGCGGCUCUCCAAGUGGCCGAGGACUUCAUCUCCCGCAUGAGAUAUGCCCCCAACACUCAGGUGGAGAUUCUGCCCCAGGGCCGGGAAAGCCCCAUCUUCAAGCAAUUCUUCAAGGACUGGAAAUGAAGAUGGGCGCCCCCCGCCUCCUGCCCGCUUUCUCCUCCUCUGGCUGCCUGGUCCCUGCGGAGGUGGCCCCGCGGCUGUUCAAUAAAGGAGACAAGUGCUUCCCCCGCUCUCUGCCCUCACCGUCUGUCCCGAGCUAAUCCUCACUCCCCGACUAGUCACCGGGCCUUAUCCACGGGCUGGGGCAGAGGAGGACCCAGUGGCCGCCCGCUGCCCAGCUCAGGGGCUGGAGCGGACUUGGCACCAUCGAGGCAGUGGGGCCCAGAGUUCCCAGAGGGCUGGCGGGGACUGCUGGGAACCCGGUGGAGAGGAGGCACAGCACCGGGCCCCCGCUUUGCUUGCAGCCAGGGUUCAGUUCAGUCACAUACCCCUCCGGGACAAGGUUGGUGCAGCAGGCUCGGGACGCAGUUCUGCUGGAGCCAGGAUUUCCUCAGCUGCCCUGAGAAACCACCGUGAGGCGGCUCCCAAAUGACAUGCUUGCCGACCAAGAGGACAACUUCUUUCCACUGCGCCAAGUCUGGCUUGUCACCGCAUGGGCGCAUCACAGCAUGUUAGGCCGAUGAGCGCGGGGCCACUGUAGGGCCGGGGAAAGCCCCAGACGAGUGUGGAGAGUCACGGAGUCUGGAUCGGAUGUUACCCUGCCUCCGUGUCCUCCCGGGCAAGUUGCUUUUCCUUGUCUAGGCCUUAGUUCAUUCUCUCGUGUCAUGGGGCGGUGGCUGGAAUAUCAGUCUAGAGAGCCAAAUAGGAGAACGGAGUAGCUCAGAGUGCUCCCAGCCGGGAGGGCAUGAUCCGGGGGCAGGAGCAAGGCUGGCAAGUUUGGACUGCAGUUCAGGAGGCCAGGCUGAGCUGCUGCAGCUGUCCUGACCCACUCCCACCCCUGGGCCCCAAGGGCGAUGUGGCUUCUGAGCUCUGAUCAGCUGGAUUCUUCCAUCCCCAACAUAUUCUAACCAAGUUCAUCCUGAUUUUGUGCAAAACAGCACAGGAAAGUCAGCUUCUCUGUGUAUCCCCCCAACUUCUCUCUGGGGAGCUGUGCGGUGGUCCACCCGACAGCCUCCACAGACAGGAUGUGCCAGGGAUGAUUUGCAAAGGAGAGCGAUGAAGGGGGCACCAGAUCCUGACUUUUUAGGGUUGUGAAGCAUUUUACAUCUCCCAUGGAAGGCCUAGAUAGGCCCUUCCUAAAUAAAAUGCACAGGUUAA